GGGCUGAGGACUCACUGCAAUCAGGGAGAGUACUGCAGCUCUCUCUCAGAUUCCACCCAUCCUUCUGCAGCCUCCCUCUCUUUCUCUUGCUCUCUCCCACACACACAAACACAAGCAACAGCAGAGCAUCUCAGCAACAUAUCCUGCACUCAUUUGCUGCCUCCUGAGCUCCUGUCCUCCGUUUCUAACAAGUGCGUCAGAGGCUGGGUAAGGAUCAACAUGCCCGGGGAUACACAAGGCUUGCUGGACACGGACGCAGAGCUACCAGAUUUGUCCAGGCAAACCUCAAGCUCCACAGCCUCAACUCCAACUGACAGUGCCUCCAGCCCAUCUCCAAGCACUCCACCCAAGCUGUCCCCACAAUGUACAUCUCCGUUUGGACCUCGCUUGGUCAUGUCUAAACCAAACACUUCUACUCGACCUCAACCAGAGGGUGCCAGCUUUGAAUCAGAUGGGAACACAGUAGGCCGGCUAACAGGGCGGUUUGGUAGAGGUGGAUGCAGACGGGGGCCAGUGAAAAUGGAGAGAAUUAAAGUUCUAACUGGAGCUGAAGUGGAGAGUGACUACCAAGAACCUGAGUCCAUGGAUGCAAGGGUUGUUAUGGGACAAGAAGCAUUACUGAAAAACAUGGAGACACAGAUUGGUGUGCCUCCAGACAAAAAGACAAGUAAAGAAUCAUCCAGUUCAGAACCCCCUCACUCAGAUACUUCUACCCUUCUGGUAGAGAGACAGAUUAGGGUAGAGGAGAAACUUAAACUUGAUACUGGUCAAGAGAUUGAAAAAUCUGACCAGGUUAAGACUUUGACCCCAGCCCCUGAACAAGAGAGAAGUUUAGAUCAGCUACUUGAAUGCCCGAUUCUAGAACCCAAAUCAACAGAUACUGGGCUGACUGAAAGCAGCACCUUUUUCCCAGAUGAUGAAGGAGACACACUGUCUCUAUCUCAGGGUGAAGUGCCUUCCUUGUCCUUCUCUGAGCCCUCCUAUCCAGUUGAUCCUCAACGCAUUGGUGUCCUUCCUGGACUGGACCCAGAUCGUUAUUACACAGCCCCUUCCACCCCAAUUAAGAUGGCCUAUUGCUCACAUCUUAAGCAACAAUGGCAACCAAGCAGUCCAAGCACAGGUCCUGGUUCACCAACAGAUGAGUCUGAUCUGUGUUCCCCUCCCACAUCUCCAUCCGGAUCCUACAUUACUGCUGAAGGUGGCAGUUGGACCUCCUCCUAUAAUUCUGGCACUUCUCACUCCUGUUCACCUAAUCUAACUGCUGAAGCUGAAUUGCAGGAGGUCCCUGCCUGCUAUGUGGGCUCUCUUUCUGAGAUUGGGGAUGAGCUGGGAGAUGACAGACUCGUGGCUGAAAGGGAGCAUUGUCUGUGUAAAUCUGUCAUGCCAGAGUUGUCUGAGAGUGAGGAACAUGAGGAGGAAAGGAUAAAGAUAGAGACUUGUAGGCCUCACUGGGUGACAGAGAAUGUUUCCCCAGACAGAAGCAGCAGUGGUAGAACCACAGACUCAAAACAUGAGGAAGGGGGAUCUGAGGCCACCUUAGUCCAGGAAGAAAUUCCAAGAGCCCCUGACAUAUCACAGCCUUUGGAUGAUCCAGAUCAGGAGCAAGAGAUGGACUUUAAUGCCUGUAUCUCAGAGCACUUUGCCAGACAUGAUGCUCCUCUAAGCCUUGAAGAGGACUUUCCUUCAGAUCUGGCAUGUUCUUCUCCCUUCAGUCACCAGCAGGCAGGAGCUUCAACCACUUUAGAGACAGGCAGUCUGACCCCUGCCACUUGUUCAUCAGAGAUUUCAGACACGGAUAAUAACAGCUUGUAUGGUGAGAUGGGAUCUUCUGCUCUCUUCUUCCAUGGGUGCUCCAGGGAUGAUGGACCUGGUGGAGAGGGGAUGAUUCCUGCGUCGAUGCUACCGGUCCAUGCCAGCUUGAUAUUCCAAGCAGAUUCAAUGGAAAUAACAUUAUUCCCUACAGAUGAUGAGCCAGAAAAUGAUGUUGAUGCAUAUGCUGCUGGAGAGGAAGAGGGGGAUGUGGAUGAAUAUGAUGAUGAAGAUGAAGAUGUGGACAUAAAUGAUGACAGUGAUUUGGAACAGCAAGUUGAAGCCAUAAAGAUUGGAGCAAGGGGUGUUGAUGAUACAAAUGAAGAGGAUACCUCUGCCUCUUUCCUAAAUUCACUUUCUGAGAACUCAAUUAACGAUGGAGUAGAUGAGUCAUUUGCUUAUCAAGAUGACACAGAGGAGUCAAUUGAUUCCACCUCUUGUAAUGGAGAUGAGGAUGACCACCUGUACAGCACAGAGAGACAUGCUGAGCUUGCACAGCAAUUUCCUGCACAAGAUGACCAUGUGCAUUCAGUAAGCCAUGCGCGACCAGAAUCCUCUGGAAGUGAGAGUGAAAUGGAGAUUUCCUCUGGAUCCUCUGGGCCAUCAAAUGCAUUAGUUCAGCAACAUAUGUCAGUCUGCACAGCACAUGCUGAAGACAUAAGCACACCUAAUUCAAAGGAAGAGUGUGCAAAGAGACUAGAUUCCUCAAGCGAUAUUAGGGAACAAAGUGAAGAGAAUAAGCAGAGCACAGAUCUCAAAAAUGCGGAAGAAACAGACAAUGUAUGCUGUGUGGUGUCUCAACAAAGUGUCCAUACAAACAUUCAAGGCUCAGGAAAUCAGGCAAGCUCAGCAGAACUAGGUGAAGUAUCAGAAAUAUACAUUAAACCAGUCCUUUGUGUGCUUGGUGCCACAGCAGCAGGCAUAGAUAAUAAGAUAAAUAUUCCAGAUGAAAAAGAUUUAGAUCAGAAAAAUGGAAAUAACUCUGAAUUCUUGAAUACCUCACUCCAGCUUGAUGAGACAGCAACCAAUGAUCUCAACAAGGGAGUCCCUUUGUUGUCCUAUCCUAAAGAUGAUUGUAGCCCCACAAACAUACCAGUUUGUGCCUAUCCCGAACUGUCUGAAGUACCAGAUAACUUAACUCCUGCUGAUAUUUCCCCAACUGAACAGUCUCUUGACCAAGACAACCUGACCGAAAAUCAACCCAGCACAGAUGAUACAAGUGUUGGCUCUUUAAAUAUGUCCUCUUCUACUUACAGCAUGCUUGCCAUCUCACCAAAGAAGGAGAAUUCCCAAAGUAGCAUAACAGAAAAGAGUGUUUCUUCUGAAGAUUGGGUUCCAGAAGAGCCCUUGUCUUUAGACACAUGCUGUGACUUUAGGCCAGAGAAUUUGCUUAUGUGUGAGAUAGCUGGAUCACUGCACAAUAAGGGGCUGUCUGUAACUCCCAACAUUUCAGCUCGAGAUAACAUCAUGGGUGACCUUGAGGACAACAACAGCUACUGUGACUUGCCAGACAAGAUGGCAAAUAAUGAGGCUGGUAUGCUGGAGUCAAAUCUGUCCACUUGGAAAUCCAUUGAGGACCUUUCAGAAGCAGGAGGGGGUGAGGAUGAUGCAAACAACCUCCAGAAUCCAGACAAUAAUGCACUUAUACAAUGCCAUCCAGAAAAUAUUCAGGAAACUACAUGGAACAACCCAGAAAAGAGCUGUUCACCCAGUAUCCCAGGUGCACAAUCAACUUGUAUGCCAUUAAAUAUCCUUUCACAAGAUGAGAAAGAUGAGAAAGACCAGACCACUGACACAGAAUUUAACAUUCCUGGAGAACCCACAUCAAAAGUAUUCAUAGAUGAAAGCCCUGACAUUUUGCCUAAACAGGGACCAGAAGUCCUUGAAUCAGCUCAAGAACAUGAUGAAGCACUAACUUUAGGUUCUACCAAUUCAUACAAACAAAAUGAUCUCUGUGGGCCCAACACAACAGAUAAAAUAUCAGACAAACCAAGUGACAUAAAAAUUCUUGAAACUUCUAAACAAAUGUGCCUGGUAAAUACUGAUUCAGUAGUCUUAGAAAACAAGUCUGUUUUUAAACUAGAAGGGGGGUCAUUUGGCAACUUUGACCACAAAAAGAAAUCAAGUGAAUCAAAACUUGAUAUUUCCUAUUCUGACAAGACUCUAAUACACAAAGACACAGCUACCUGCUCUAAUAAGGGGGUUACAACUGGGGCAACAAAUCUAGAUACCAGACAAUUACAGUCUAACAUUACAAAAGAUGAAAAUCAGCUGAAUUCUGGUAGUCAAGUGGCUGACGAAAAAAUUGAACCAACGACUGAAAGAAGUGUAUGUAUUUCACUCAAGGAAUCAAAGCUUGAUAUUUCCUAUUCUGACAAGACUCUGAUACACAAAGACACAGUUACCUGCUCUAAUAAGGGGGUUACAACUGGGGCAACAAAUCUAGAUACCAGACAAUUACAGUCUAACAUUACAAAAGAUGAAAAUCAGCUGAAUUCUGGUAGUCAAGUGGCUGACGAAAAAAUUGAACCAACGACUGAAAGAAGUGUAUGUAUUUCACUCAAGGAAUCAAAGCUUGAUAUUUCCUGUUCUGACAAGUCUCUGAUACACAAAGACACAGUUACCUGCUCUAAUAAGGGGGUUACAACUGGGGCAACAAAUCUAGAUACCAGACAAUUACAGUCUAACAUUACAAAAGAUGAAAAUCAGCUGAAUUCUGGUAGUCAAGUGGCUGACGAAAAAAUUGAACCAACGACUGAAAGAAGUGUAUGUAUUUCACUCAAGGAAUCAAAACUUGAUAUUUCCUGUUCUGACAAGUCUCUGAUACACAAAGACACAGUUACCUGCUCUAAUAAGGGGGUUACAACUGGGGCAACAAAUCUAGAUACCAGACAAUUACAGUCUAACAUUACAAAAGAUGAAAAUCAGCUGAAUUCUGGUAGUCAAGUGGCUGACGAAAAAAUUGAACCAAAGACUGAAAGAAGUGUAUGUAUUUCACUCAAGGAAAAGGAGGAUGAGAAGGUCAUGGAAACAUGUCCAGAAGAGGAGGCAAAUGAAAAUAUCAGAGAGAAUACUAAUGUUUUGGAACUGAGCAAAGAGGAGACUGAAGUCUCACAGAAAUCAGAUUACUCUGAAACAGAAAAAAUAGAACUGAAUACCACCAUAGUUAAUGCAGGGAGGAAAAAUGAUUCAGAUAGCAUGAUACCAAAGGAACCUGUCACCUUUGACAAAAGUAAAACAGCUGCUGCCCUGGAGAAAAAGGAAGGCAUCACAAAUAAAGACAGUAAACCUGAGACUGAAAUUAUUAAAACUUCGGCAAAUGAUAAUUUUUUUCAGAGUAACAAAUAUACUCCAGAUGUUCAACAGCAAAUACACAAAAAUGAUGGUAGAGGAGAGAAAAGCAAUCAUCAAACACCAGUUCAAACUGUAUUCCACCCUGCAGUCUCCAGCUCCAAUACUCUUGAGAGAAACCCCAACUUGACAGAAUCAACGGGUUCUACUGACUUACAUGGUCUUGGCAGUUCAGAUCAGAAGGAAGCACUUAAUCAUGGCACCUUAGAAGGGCUGGAAUCACACAAAAGCACACAAGAUGCCAGUGAUAAUGAUGUCAGGGCCUCCUUAACGUUUGAAGAAGAAACUUCAGAACUCAGCAGACAUUCUACUUCUUCCUCAUCUACAGAUGUGUUGGAGGAAGACCUUUCUGCACCUAUACAAGAGUCCCAGUCUUCAUUUAACAGUUCUCAAAUACACAGUCUCCUCACCGAAACAACAGUAAAUGAUGGACUGCAUCAACAUGUAUCAGAGAGCCCUCUUGAAGUGAUAAAUAUGGAACAGCCAGAUGUUGAGUCUGAGGAAGAAUUAUCAGUCUCACUUCCAAUACAGGAUACACAUCAAAAUGUGAAUGAGCAGUCAGGCUUAAAAUCAGAAACCUGCAGACAAGAGAAACCCGAAGCAGUAUGCAUGGAACACAGACCAGAAUCACCUAAAAGUCCCCAAACCCGCCCCACUCGAUGUAUAGGACACAGAGAUAGUAGUCCUGCUCACAGAAAAUCAAGCUUGAGCAAUGAAAGAGAGAUAUUACCAUGCAUCACCUCUGCGUUAAAUUUCCCUGUGCAAGCAAGACAAAAUCCAACUGAAAAGCACACUGAUCACCAGGAUGGGUGUUCAAUCAACUACAGAACAAAGGACUCUAAAGAAAUGGAUCUCUCCUUAAAAAAUACCAUGGGCUCAUGUAAUGAAACAGACAGUGAUGGAUCAAUUCCUGAGCUGGAAGAGCCGAACAGAAGCCUCUUGAAAACCUCAGACCCGCAAAUAUCACAUUCUACAGCUGAUGAGUCAGUGAGCAAAACUAAGCAGAGUCGAAGUGAGAAAAAGGCACGGAAGGCUAUGUCGAAGCUUGGCUUAAAACAGAUCCAUGGAGUUACACGGAUUACUAUCCGGAAGUCCAAGAAUAUCCUAUUUGUUAUUACCCGCCCAGAUGUCUUCAAAAGCCCUGCAUCAGAUAUCUACAUAGUCUUUGGGGAGGCCAAGAUUGAGGACCUGUCACAGCAAGUGCACAAGGCUGCAGCAGAGAAAUUUAAGGUUCCCCUAGACCCUUCUCCUCUGACCCCUGACAUCAUGCCCAGCCUCACCAUAAAAGAGGAGAGUGAAGAAGAAGAGGAGGUGGAUGAGAGUGGACUGGAACAGAGAGAUAUAGAGCUGGUAAUGGCACAGGCUAACGUGGCUCGGGCUAAAGCUGUCCGCGCACUACGUCACAACAAGAACGAUAUUGUCAAUGCUAUUAUGGAGCUAACCAUGUGAUAGAAGAGGUCUUGCCUGCCCCCAGCUUUUCUUCCUGGCAUACCCAUCAUCCCUUCCCAGUAAUGCUGCUACAUACUUUCAAUGCCCCUUACCUGCUAAAUAAACUCUAUAAAAACUG